GCGAUGGCAACAAGUAGCCAGCUAGGUAGCGUUAGCCAGAAAAUUGCCUCAACAUAAAGUAGAGCGUGCUUGCUUGCUAGCUAACCUUAAACCGGUAUGGCUGUAAACAAUCCAUCGGUGUUUCUUCUAAUGGUACAUGGGCAAAUAGAGGAAGCUAGUUUUCCAGAAUAUGAUGAUUUGUACUGCAAGUAUUGUUUUGUGUACGGACACGACUGGGCUCCAACGUCGGGUUUGGAAGAAGGGAUCUCACAGAUCACUUCCAAGGGCAAAGGUGCCGUGCAGAGUCUAGUGUGGAACUUCCCCCUGGAUAUCACCUUCAAGAGCACUAACCCCUUCGGCUGGCCACAGAUAGUGGUGUGUGUGUACGGUACGGACACCUUUGGGAACGAUGUGGUACGAGGGUAUGGGGCUGUUCACAUUCCCUUCACUCCUGGAAAACACAAGAGGACUAUUCCUAUGUUUGUUCCGGAAUCCACCUCAAGACUACAAAAAUUCACAAGCUGGUUGAUGGGGAGGCGUCCCGAGUUCACAGAUCCAAAGGUUGUUGCCCAGGGAGAAGGAAGGGAAGUCACCAGGGUGCGAUCUCAAGGCUUUGUUACACUCUCUUUCAACAUUGUAACCAAGGACAUGAAGAAGCUGGGUUAUGACACCACCUCCACAGAGGUGCAGCAGCCCCCGGGUCUUGGCACAGAGCCACCCUACUCCCUGUGAUUUCAGGCCUCACCCCAGACCCAUCAACAACACUAAUACACAAUCUGGCAGACUGGCUCUACACUCCAAGUGUUUAGUGUGUGUGAAAGAAGCUCACCAAUGCUACAGCAAAGUCUUAGAUAUGAUAAAUGACAGAACGAUGACUGGCAAUAGAAUCGUAACAUGCAGACACAUGGCAAAUGGUACUCUGUAGAAAUGUUUUUAUGCUUGCACUUUUACUGAUGUAGUGUGUACUUU